AUGUGCAAGCUGCAGUCGCUGUUGCUGCCAAUCUUCGCCAGCAUUGUAGCGGGCAAUGCCAGUCAGAGGCUGCCCGGCUACUUGGUGCGCCACAUGAACGCCAGCGCCGAUGCAUGCGUGGAUUUCUAUGAGCAUGCCUGCGGUGGCUGGGCCCAGGCGCAUGCCGCUGACGCUUACAACAGUCAGUUGGAGCAACUGGACUAUAUGUACCAUGAGCGGCUGGCAGCGUUGCUGGAUCAGCCGCCCUCCCCUGGCCAGCCGCGCUUUGUCCAGCUGCUGCGCGAUAGUUAUGCGGCCUGUCGAGCCCUCAACGAACGCUACGAUGUGGGGCGAUUUGUGCGCUGGCUGCGCGAAUUUAGCCACGUCGAUAUGAAGACCGAGCAGAAUGACUGGAGACCACUGCUCCGCUUAAUAAAGAACUAUGGGCUCCCUACACUGUGGCAGUACGAAACUGAGCGGAAACCAAUGUCGAAAUCUCUGAAGCUUAAGGAUGCAGAGCUGUGGCUGCUGCAGCUGCACCCACCAUGGCCAGUUCUAGUGGCUGAGCUUCUGGAUGACUUUCAGCCGUUGAAUCGCACGCGCUUCAGACAACUUUAUCACGCUCUACAACCGCUGGGCGUGCCACAGGGUAAGCUAUGGCUGCAGGUCAAACAGCUGGAGAACCAGCUAUUGUUUUGUGGCGUUAAAGAACUGUUUGAGGAGGCGCGCGAAAGCGAACACGACGAGGAGCAUGUGGUGAUGCCGUCCGCUUUAAACUGGUUGCAGCUAUUGCAAAUGUCAGAACUAUUGACGACAAUUCAGUUGCAGCCCCACGUGCGCUGUGCGUCCGAUAUGCUGGCAGCGGAGCCGGCACCGCUCAUCGCACGGUAUCUGCAGCUUCGGCUGCUGCACAAAUUGGACAAUCUGCCGGCGCCGACAUUUGGGCGGCAAGAGUGCGCCGCGCAGUCGCGCCAGCUGUUGACGCAUGCUGCCGAUUGGCUGCUGGAGCAGCAGCAGCCACCGGAGCAGCGACAACUCACGAAUGCCACAAUGCAUAAGCUCUUCGAGCAGCUGCGUCAGCGAUUUGAGCUGCGGCUGUUGGACAAUCGCAAUCAGUUCCGGCCCUCCACACAGCGUUUUCUGCUCGAAAAGGUGAAACGCAUGCGGCUACGCGUCGGCGUGCUGCCCUUGGGCAGUGCGGAGCAGCAGCAACAAACGCUUGAGGCGCACUAUGCACAGCUGCAGCUGAAUGCCAGUGACUACUAUGGCAAUCUAUUGGCCAUGCUGGGACAGGCCGAGCGCUGGGCGGCGGCGGCUGCUGACAGUGCGAUGCAAAUGGAAACGGACAACGAGCUAUACUUACUGCAGUCUGAUGGAUUUGGCAGCUAUGCCUCGCCGUUCUUUUUGCCUGAUAGUAAUCUGGUAAUCCUACCGCAAUCGCUGCUGGGUGCUAACCUUUACCGACCACAUCAGGCGGAGGUCUACACGCAUAGCGCGUUGGGCUUUCUGCUCGCGCACGAGCUAUCGCAUGGCUUUGCGCCCACCGAUGUGUUUUACGAUGGGCGUGGCAAUAAGGCAACAGGACAGCAAAAAAUGCGCCUGCUCGUCAAUCGGCGAUUUAGCAGUCACAGGCGUUGUCUGUUUCGUCGUCACGACCAAAUGGCCGAUGAGAAAUUUGCCGAUGUGAAUGGGUUGUACUUGGCCUAUGACAACUAUUUUAAGGCAAAUUACAACGCAACGCCCUCAAGUGCAACGGCUGACAACAGCAAUCCAUCUGAAGGGAGGCACACAGUGCAGCAGCAUUUCUUUCUUAACUUUGCCCAGUUCUUCUGCCAGGACGACCCGGAUCUGGAGGAUAGCAGCCUCCAUGGCGGUAGCCGGCAGCGAGUUAACGAUGCCGUCGCCAGCUCCAAGGCCUUUGCACGCGCCUUCGGCUGUGAGUGGACCCAGACACGGAACACCUGUCAGUUGUACUAGCUGAUGAAGGCUCUAAGCAGAUUCUGCUAAUUGAACAACAACAAAAAAAUAAUCGCAUAAAUACAGGUGUAUUAAAUACAAACAUAAUGAAAACGUCGCGAAAGCUUUAGAAACUAGCUACAUUCUAUGUGGCAUUUAUGAGAUGAAUUUUAUUUCAGCUUUCUGAUAACUAACCUAUGCUUUUAACCAAGGCAAAAAUAAAAAAUAUAUUUUUUUUAUAU